AUGUUAUUAGCUUAUGAUAAAAUCAAACAAGAGAGGCGAAGUGGAAUUAUUAAGAUAAUUAUACUUAUCAUUGUUUGUAUUUCUUGCUUGUGCUUAUCUGUUUCAGUGAUUCAUAAGAAUGGAUUAAUGAAUACAAUUCAAGCGGAAAACAGACCAGAUCAUCCAAAAUUCAUUCAAAUUACUAAUGCUCCGAUGGAAGCUUGGCUUAAUAAUAAUGGAAAAGAGGAAUUUCGUACAAGUAUUUCUUUUUAUAAUAUUGUUGGUAAUGAUCAGAAGUUCCCACCAGGCCAGGAUCUACGUGGAAAGUUCUGGGAAUUCCAAAUCAAAGACUAUAGCGGAACGACAGCUGUCAACUACAUUUCAAAUGGUCCAUUAACAACAAAUAACAUCACAUUCGAAGUUCUUACAGAUAAUCAGCAAACACAUAAUGAUAAGCAAUUUUGCCAGCGUACACCCAAUACAUGGAAGCACUUUGUUGAAAAAUACCCAGAUUAUCGUUGGUAUUUCAGAGGAACACAUGAUACAUUUGUCAAUUGGAAGUAUCUUUUGGAACUUAUACAAGAACUUGAAUCCAAAUACGACCCAAUGAAGGAAGUAGCUUUAGCCUACAAUUGUCAUGAAUACAAUCACAAAUUAUAUCCUCAUGGCGGUACAGGCUACCUGUUUUCGAACUUCGCUGUUCGUCAGUUCCUUAAAAGAGAGUCUGAAUUCCGCUCUAUUUGCUUGGGAAGUGCAGAUGACGUUGCUUUCAAUUAUUUCUUACAGAUUCAAUCCAUCAAAGUCGAGGAUUGGAUGAGCAAUAAAUUUAUCGUUACGUGGCCAAAUACUGAAACAGAUAUCAUUAUGAAGAGACAAUACGAAAGAGUUGCACAAUGUCCUAAGGUUUAUCGCUUGUUCUCGAAUGCUGCACCAAUGCUGCCAUGCCCUUGCAGAACUGCGGCUUCAAUUCACAUGCAUAGGGUUCCAAUGCCUCAAGCAUGGGAAAUUCUGCAAAAUACACCAAAGAAUUUUGCUGUAACGUACUUGAACCCUGAUACACCAACAUUCUGCAAACUUUCGAAGUAA